GUUCCUGACUCGGCUGCCGCUACUCUUCAUACACAUCGUGCCAAGUUUCCAAAUGGUCGUCUCUGACGUCACUGAUGACGAGUCAAGGGCGGCCGCGCUAGGCCUGCUGGGACUGUCUCUGAUCACUGGCAUCGUUCUCGGGUCGCUGUUUGGUGGAAUGGUCACAGAGAAAUACAGCCCCUCCACGUCGUUCCUGGUAGCCGCCAUGUUGUCAGUGCUGAGCAUGGUGGUGGUGUGGUUCACUAUUCCCGCACAAACUAAGCAGAAGAAGAAGGACGACAAACCCAAACCCAAGCAAGGCGUCUUCGACGUAAACGAACUUAGGAGGCUACUGAGUGUCCCAAACGUUGCCCGGCUACUCGGCACAAAGUUCUUCCUCCUCAUGUCCGUCAUGGUCAUCCAGGGUAUCCUUCCCGUGAUCCUCACCGACAUUUUCGAACUGGGCGCACAAGACACUGGGAUAUUCUUCAUGACGGCUGGAAUUAUAGGAGCGUUUUUCCAGGUUGUGGCAGUGGGCCCUCUCUCCAAGCGCUUUACGGACAAGUCCCUCAUUAUCCUUUCGUCACUACUCAUAGCAGUUUCUGGGAUACUCAUGGCUAAGGCAACAACUAUUUCUCACAUGUACAUCGGUUUCGCGCCACACGUGUUCGGAAACGUCAUGUUCGAUGUCGUCAUCAACAGCGCCUUGUCCAAGGCCGUGCCUCAAGAAGAUACAGGUGCCAUAAUGGGUUUCACCGGUACAGUGUACCACCUGUCCAUGGUGUUGUCCCCGCUCCUGAGCGCGCUGCUGUUGGAGAAUGUCGGCUUCCCUUCUCUCGGCUUCACCAGUUCGGCCAUCAACGCUCUACUGCUGCUGUUUAUGCUGCUAUGA